AUGAGCAGCAGCACGGGCACCUUCCACUUGCAGCAGCCGCUCAACUACCGGGCUGGGGCCCGAGUUCAGCCUGUGGAUGGAAGCCACAGUGAGGAAGUGUAUGAACCAGCUACAGGUCGAGUGAUGGGCAAGUUUCUCUUCUCUGGGGAGAAGGAGGUGGAUCUGGCUGUGCAGAGUGCCAAAGCUGCCUUUAAAAUAUGGAGCCAGAAAUCAGGCAUGGAGCGGAGCAGGAUUAUGCUGGAGGCUGCCAGGAUUAUCCGGGAACGGAGGGAAGAAAUUGCCACCAUGGAAACCAUCAAUAAUGGGAAAUCCAUCUUUGAAGCCAGAGUGGACAUCGACAUAUCUUGGCAGUGUCUGGAGUAUUAUGCAGGUUUAGCGGGGGCGAUCGCAGGUCAGCAUGUCCAGCUUCCCGGGGGGUCCUUUGCUUAUACCCGAAGAGAGGCACUUGGAGUGUGUGUUGGGAUUGGAGCCUGGAACUACCCCUUUCAGAUUGCCUGUUGGAAGUCGGCUCCAGCCUUGGCUUGUGGGAAUGCCAUGAUCUACAAGCCAUCUCCCCUCACCCCCAUCUCAGUGGUGAUGCUGGCAGAGAUCUUCACCCAGGCUGGUGUGCCCAAUGGGCUAUUCAGUGUGGUGCAAGGGGGAGCUGCCACUGGCCAAUUUCUGUGCCAGCACCGGGAUGUGGCCAAAGUCUCUUUCACGGGGAGCGUGCCAACUGGUAUCAAGAUCAUGGAGAUGUCGGCCAAAGGGAUCAAACCAGUCACUCUGGAGCUGGGUGGCAAAUCCCCCCUCAUCAUAUUCUCUGAUAGCGUCCUGGAGAAUGCUGUGAACGGAGCCCUCAUGGCCAACUUCCUCACGCAGGGCGAGGUUUGCUGCAACGGCACACGAGUGUUUGUGCAGAGGGAGAUCCUGAAGGCCUUCACGGAGGAAGUGGUGAAACGCACCCAGAAGAUUAAAAUUGGAGACCCGCUUCUGGAAGACACAAGGAUGGGGGCCCUCAUCAGCCGCCCACACCUGGAGCGAGUCUUGGGGUUCAUUUCGCAGGCGAAGGAGCAGGGGGCGACGGUGCUGUGCGGUGGGGAUCCAUACGUUCCUGAGGACCCCAAGCUGAAGAAUGGCUACUACAUGCGACCGUGUGUGCUAGGGGACUGCCAGGACGACAUGACGUGUGUGAAAGAGGAGAUCUUUGGGCCUGUCAUGUCCAUCCUGCCAUUUGACACGGAGGAAGAAGUCCUGGAGAGAGCCAAUAACACCACCUUUGGGCUGGCAGGUGGUGUCUUUACCAGGGAUAUCCAGAGGGCUCACAGGGUGGUGGCUGCUCUCCAGGCUGGAAUGUGCUUCAUCAACAACUAUAAUAUCAGCCCCGUGGAGCUGCCCUUUGGAGGGUACAAGAUGUCAGGGUUCGGCAGAGAGAAUGGCCAGGCAGCAAUGGAGUACUACUCGCAGCUGAAAACCGUCUGCGUGGAGAUGGGUGACGUGGAGUCGGUGUUCUAAGGACGGGCUGUUCCACGCCACUGCUGCUAGCUCUUUCCAGGGGCAGUGCCAAAGGGGGAAGCUGGCUGGGGGCAGUGUGCUGCAAUCCUACUCGCUUGUAAGGGAGGGAUGGGUGUGGCUAACAUUGGGGGGG